AUGGGGUACUACGAUAUAGAAGACAUUCUCGCUGAUGGUGAGAAGAUCCCAUGCAAAUUCAACCUAACUGUCCCUGGCUUAGGAUACUUAGAAGGCAGUCCCGGGAAAGCCAUUGAAAACGGAACCAAGUUGGAUCUUCCCAUGUGGCUAGCCGAGGUAUUGGCCGUGUGCUCUACACUGGAAAACACACAAGAUACAUUUAUCGAGCUAUUGGAGCCGGACUUCAUAGCGCCCAAAGUGAUGAAUGCCAUUCGUGCUGAUCCGAAGGCAGUGGAUCUACAUAGCAUCAUGGCAAAUUACUACAAACUAUGUGAGAAGUGGUCUGCAAUGUUCAAUGAAAAGCAGUUGGUCGAUGCGGUAAUGGUAAUGCUCAAGGAACGUGCCAUGGAAAUUGACAGUUAUGCUUCAAACGCCACCAAGUAUGUGAGUACGCCGUUUCUUUUGUCGCUAGACGAGUUCGAAAAAGAUCUAUAUAAAGUCACGUACGAGAGUAAGAAGCUCAUGCGUCACUGGAACAAUGAGUAG